AUGUCACUUUCAGAGGAAGCAGAUGCUCUUGCUGCCAAGGUUGGCUCGUCUCAUCAUGGAACCCCCAGCUCUGCAGUACUAUCCAACGCAGGAGCCAAGGUCAAUGACUUGGAAAAUAAUUCAGGUUCUGGGGAGCCGGAAACAGAGAAACAUCUUCCCAGCUCAGAAUCCCCAAAGUUACCUGAGUCUGAAGCUGAUGGCAGGGAGCCUGAAGCAAAAGAUUUGGAAGUCAAAAAUGCAGCUACUGCUGAGAAGGGCGACGAGGCAGAGGAUAAGGAUGCUAGUACUUCAAAUGAGGAUGGAGUAAAAAGCCCCGAAGACAAAAAGCUGGAUAUCGAUUCCAAGGAUGGGGAGGAAAAGCCCACUGAGGCUAAUGAUGAAGGUAAGAAGGAUGAUGACUCAAAGGACGAGGAUAAGGAGGACGAAACAAAAGAUAUAAAGGAGAAGGAUCCAAAAAGUGGUGAUGAUGGCUCGAUGGAACAGGCCAAUACCACAGACUCUGAUAAGUCUGACGACAAGGGUCAGAAGAAGGAUGACAACGACAAGAACGUUGACAUCCCUCCUCCACCAUCUCCCAAGAGUCUCGGCGUCGACGACUACCUCACAUCACCGCCCGACAAAGCCAGCACUUUCCAAGAAAAGGACAGACCAUGGGAGGCAGAUGGCUACGCUACUACAAAUGGUCUAGAUUCAUUCGCCCAGACACAUGGAGCCUCUCAGCUGGGCGAGGCCGAAUGGCUACAGGUGCUUGAGAAUUGCAAUGCCAUGUAUGGUUGGUGCAUUGAUGGACCAAUGAAGCGAAUCGUUCGUGCCCCAAAGCCUGCUUUUCAACUCAAAUCAGUUCAACCACCAGAGAAGCCCUUGAAUGGUCCCACAACAGUUUCGUCUGUCGACCAUGGCAACAACAGUGAUGCCUCUGGCAGAUCUGCAGGAGGAUCCAGCACAGCAUCGUCGUCUCCAGGAACACUAACCCCAACGUCUUCUACAUCGGCAUCUCCAACGAAGCCACCCACAGCCAACUCAACAAGCCCUGCCUCUACUGAUAGUCCUGUAUCUUCAGCCAAAGAGAAAACUGGCGCCAGCAGAGUUACCACGCAAAAAGAAGCUCCUACUAAGCCUGUCGCAACCUCGUACCCUUCCACGUCAGGCACAGCCAAACCCUCGCGUCAAGGCAUAAAGCCCAAAAGAGUACUCCCUGACUUCAGCAUCAAUGACAACUCCCGCAUUGACAUCGUUAUCAGCUCGCAUGAGUUUCAGACUAGUAUGGCAACCAAUGACUUUAGUGCCUCUUCUACCUCUGCGUCUCUUGGAGGAAGCUACGGACCUGUUGCUGCCAGCGUCAGCUACUCGACGGACAGUAUGCACAGUUCGUCAACCUCAAACACAUCAGACACUUACCACAAGACCAUGAUCGCAAAGUACUCGUUCCCGCGGGUUGACUUGAAUUUCGACUCAUGCCUGGAACCAACGGAAGGUCUCAAACAGGCUAUAGCUAAAGUUGAAGCAACGAAGAACAUCAAAGACUUGCGUCAGUUACGUCGUGACUACGGAUAUCUAUUCUGCAAGUCAAUCACUAUAGGUGGCAGACUUAUGACGCAGGCACUGAUGGAUCAGUCUUUGACCACGUCAGAGCAGGAACAGAAGCAAUCCCUGAAAACCUCUGUUGGGCUUUCUGUUUCUUCUCCCGAGGCUUCAGGAUCGGUUAGCCAUACACAGGAAUCUGGCUCUGAUAAUUCCAAGUCGCAGGCUCAGGAUAACAAGUCCGAGUCACAUACCUUUGAAGCGAUGGGUGGUGACAGCCUAUUGGCUACUAAUCCCACAUCCUGGAUACCAACGGUUGGAAGCUACAAGAACUGGCGUAUUAUUAACCGCGAUGGGCUGGUCCUGAUGGCCGAUAUGAUCUCUGGACUGAGUGGUUUCGAACAUACCAGGUCGUGGUUCGAGCAAGCGGUCCCGUCUCUCAGCAAGUACAUCGAAUUCUCGGACAAGCUCGUGAAGAAAAUACGUUUUCGACUCAUGUCGCCUAAUCACGACCUAUGCCUCUCGUAUAAGAGGGGGUCAGACGACCCAGACUUUGCUACUCCACCGAAUUACUACUUCGGCCACAUACCUUUAUCCACUGUGAUGCCACUAGCUAUGGAACUUGAGCAUCCCGAUAUAACCUGGGGUCGCAUUCAGAUGCCCAAUGGAAAGCCACAAUUUCUAUUCCAUCCUGGAAGUUAUCGCGCUCCAGCCAUUUAUGGGUACGCUUCCAAUAAGGUCGGAGACAAUCUAUACGGAACGGAAUACGACAGCGAGUAUAAAAGCACGGUUUGGAGUAUCACAUCGCCCUAUGACGAGGCUCUGUGCAAUGAGUCGCGAGUAAUCAUACAAACUGUAUCAGCUGGAGAUAAUUCUCCAGCGAGGAUUACCGGGGACUCGGGAAAUAACGCGCCGUCAAUAUCUCCUUCGGCUCCAGUGACCUCUUCCCUUGUCGUUUUCCGCAAUCAACAAGGCGUCUUUGUACCCGCCAUGUCAGACAGCAAGGAUGUUCAUGUAUGGCGCGUAUUGAAGACUGGGGCGGCCCCGGGCAAUAAGGUCAACAUCGCAGAGGGAGAUCAGAUCCAGCUCGCAUGGUGCUUCCAGGAUCAAUACUGUGGCUAUCGAGACUUUACUGAGGACGCGUUUGGACGCCGCCGAAACACUGCUCCGCCAGAGUCUCAGAGUUCCACGCUAUACAUGAGAUUGCCGUGGCCGCGCUUUGAGCCUGUGGAGAGUCUUCCUGAUCAGGACAAGCCGCUACCGAACGCGCUGAUUAUGAGCGAAGCGUCAACGCCACAGGAUAACCCGUCCAAUUUCCUGCAUGAGACAAUUACGGUCAUCAAAGAUCAGAAGCACAGUGCAAAGGACAUUCUCGUCGAAGAUUGCAUAUUCAGGGUCGAUGUAGUCAAGAACCAUGGCCGUGGCGACGUUGAUGACUACCUGCUACGAGGAGUGAGCCAGAAAGCAAUCUUUCCUGAUAAAAGAGAUAGAGAAGCGCUCGAGAAGCAACUUGAAGAGGAGGAAAAAGAGCGGAAAGAACGAGAGGAGGCAGAGCGAAGAGCUGAGCAGACAGAAGAACGAGAGAGGAAGAGUACUGGCGAAGUCCUGCUAAAUGCAGUGUUCCCGAUUACAUCGCUAUUCUAG